AUGUUGAGGAGAUUCUCUACUCAAUUCAAGAGGUCCAAGGACCCCAAGGACUCUAAUGGGGAUGUCGAGCCUAAGACUGCCGAGAAGACCCCAGAGAAGAGCAGCAAGCGCUUCUCCAAGGUCUCUCCAGCUCGUAAGUCCACUUCCAAUCAAGAAGAUAACCACGCUGUGAAGCGUGCCGAGGUUGUUGCUACAUUCGAGAAGUAUGCGCAAGCAAUUCACGCUUCGCAAGAGCCUCUGCCCAAUCAGACUGGCGACGGCUCGUUCAUGAAGCACGACAAGUCGUCCGGUCUCAUCGGUGACAUCAAGUCCCUUGGUUUCCGUGAUGUCAGUACUGUCAAAGACCUCAUCGCUAGCAAGACCUCCGGUCAGCUCGUUGAUGAUAAGACCUAUCUCAUGGAACGUGUGAUUCAAUUGGUUGCCGACCUGCCUGGUCACUCAAAGAACCGCACUGAGCUCACCAAUGUAUUCUUGGAUGAGCUAUGGACCUCACUUCCUCACCCUCCACUCUCCUACAUGGGAGAUGAAUUCAAAUACCGCUCCGCCGAUGGCUCAAAUAACAACCCUACUCUCCCCUGGCUGGGAGCUGCCAAUACCGCAUACUGCCGCACUAUUCCUCCCCUGACCAUUCAGCCCAGCGGAUUGCCUGAUGCCGGUCUAAUUUUCGAUACCCUCUUUGCUCGUCAGGAGUUCACUCCGCAUCCCAACAAGGUCUCCAGUGUUUUCUUCGACUGGGCCUCCCUGAUUAUUCAUGACAUUUUCCAGACCGACUACCGCGAACAGAACAAGAACAAGACCUCCGCAUACCUGGAUCUCUCUAUCCUGUACGGUGAUAUUCAAGAGCAACAGGAUCUGAUCCGUUCCCACCAGGAUGGAAGACUCAAGCCCGAUUGCUUCUCAGAGGGUCGUCUGCAGGCCCUUCCCGCUGCCUGCGGUGUCCUGCUGGUCAUGCUGAACCGUUUCCACAACCACAUUGUUACCCAACUGGCCGAGAUCAACGAGAAUGGCCGCUUCAGCAAGCCGCGCCCCGGUAUGUCCGAGGAGGAUACCAGAAAAGCCUGGGUCAAGCGGGAUGAGGACCUGUUCCAGACUGGUCGCCUUAUCACUUGCGGCCUUUACAUCAACAUCACUCUGUACGAUUACUUGCGCACCAUUGUCAACUUGAAUCGCACAAACUCCACCUGGUGUUUGGAUCCCCGAGCCCAGAUGGAGAAGGCUGGUGCUACUCCCUCUGGCCUCGGUAACCAGUGCUCCGUCGAGUUCAAUUUGGCCUACCGCUGGCACUCGGCUAUCAGUCAGGGUGAUGAGAAGUGGAUUGAACAGGUCUACUUUGAUCUCAUGGGCAAGCCCGCCGAGGAGGUCACCUUGCACGAGCUGCUCCAGGGCAUGAAGAAGGUGGAGGGCACGCUCGACGCUGAUCCUUCCAAGCGUACCUUCGCCCGCCUCAAGCGUAAUCAGGACGGUUACUUCGAUGAUGGAGAGCUUGUCAAUAUUCUGACUCACGCUACCGAGGACGUGGCCAGCUCUUUCGGUCCCCGCAACGUGCCCAAGGCCAUGCGUUCUAUCGAAAUCCUCGGUAUCGAAGCCUCCCGUCGGUGGAAUGUGGGUUCCCUCAACGAGUUCCGUAAGCACUUCGGCCUGAAGACCUAUGAAACUUUCGAGGAAGUCAACUCCAACCCUGAGAUCGCCGAUACUCUUCGUCACCUCUACGAGCACCCUGAUUUCAUUGAGUUGUACCCCGGUAUCGUCACUGAGGAGGCGAAGGAGCCUAUGAUCCCUGGUGUCGGUAUCGCCCCGACUUAUACCAUCUCGCGUGCUGUGCUUUCGGAUGCCGUCGCCCUUGUUCGUGGUGAUCGUCACUACACCAUUGACUACAACCCUCGCAACCUGACCAACUGGGGUUACAACGAGUGUCGCUACGACCUUAACAUCAACCAGGGCUGUAUCUUCUACAAGCUGGCUACGCGCGCCUUCCCCAAUCACUACAAGCCAGACUCCAUCUAUGCCCACUAUCCCAUGACCAUCCCCAGCGAAAACCGCAAGAUCAUGAAAGAUCUGGGCCGUGAGCAAGACUACUCCUAUGACAAGCCCGCCUUCAUUGAGCCUCGUGUCAACCUUGCCUCUCACCGGAAUGCCAAGAUGCUUCUCCAGAACCAGCAGGAUUUCCGUCCUAGCUGGGCCCGCUCCAUGACCGAGCUCUUCGGAAAGGGCGAAUUUGAUACCAAGCAGCGUGAAGCUAUUGGCAAGGCCCUUCACACUGAUGAGUUCCCCAAGCUCGUCAAGACCUUCUACGAGGAUAUUACUGAGCGCUUGAUCGCUGAGAAAGGUGGUCGAUUGGGCAAGAUCAACCAGAUCGAUAUCACUCGCGAUGUCGGCAACCUCGCCCACGUCCACUUUGCUUCUACCAUCUUCGGUCUUCCCUUGAAGACUGAACAGAACCCACAGGGGCUGUUCACCGACCAGGAGAUGUACAUGAUCCUUUCGACCAUCUUCGCCGCGCUCUUCUUCGACGUCGAUGCUCCUCGCUCCUACUCUCUGAACAGCGCUGCCUCCGCUGUCUCCACUCAGCUUGGCCAGGUCGUCGAGGCCAGCGUUAAAUCUGACACCAAUACCAGUCUCUUCUCUGGCCUCAUGGACAGCUUCCGCCCUCACGACAAUGCUCUCCGUGAGUUCGGCCACGAUGCCGUUCGCCGCAUGAAAGAGGCCGGUUCCAGCGCCUCCGACAUCACUUGGUCCGCCAUUAUCCCAACCAUCGUCGGCUUGGUUCCCAAUCAGGCCCAGGUCUUCACACAGAUUAUCGAGUACUACACCGUGCCCGGAAACGCCCACCACCUGGCAGAGAUCAGCCGUCUCGCCAAGCGUGACUCCGCGGACGCCGACGACAAGCUGUACCGCUACUGUCUGGAGGCUAUUCGUCUGAAUGGCACCUUCGGUGCCUUCCGCGAGGCCACACAGCCCGUCAUCAUCGAGGACAACGGCAAGACCUACACCAUCCAGCCUGGCCAGCAAGUCUUCGCCUCCUUCGAUCAGGCUAACCACGACCCUAUCGUCUUCCCCUCGCCAAACGAAGUCCGCCUCGACCGUCCUCUUGAUUCCUAUAUCAACUACGGCCAGGGCCCCACCACCACCUUCGGCGAGGAGGUUACCAAGAUUGCCCUCAUCGCUAUGCUGCGCGUCGUCGGACGUCUCCAGGGUCUCCGUCGUGCUCCUGGUCCUCAAGGCCAGCUUCAGAAGGUCGCUCAGGAGGGUGGCUACUACGUUUACCUCCGCGGUGACGGAAGCGCUUACUGCCCCUUCCCUAUGUCGCUUAAGCUGCACUGGGACGGCCCCUUCUUGCAGAAGAAGCCCACCGCUUCUUCGUAA